CUUUCCUAGAAGAGGGCUCUGCCCAGGACGCCCUGCAGUCCCUGAGCCAGCGGCUCCGAGUGCAGGAGAAGGAGAUGGAGCUGGUCAAGGCGGCCCUGGCGGAAGCCCUUCGCCUGCUCCGGCUGCACGGGGCCUCCCCCUCCCUGCAGGCCUCUGGCAUGCCAGCUCCUACACGGGACAGCAGCCCUGCAGCACCCCCAGGACUGCCACCUACAUGCAGCCCCGCUUUGGUGAGCCGAGGCACCCAGACAGACACCGAAGUGGAAAUGGAGCCGUCCUCUGCGCCCCCUGGCCUGAGCAAUGGGCCUCCAGCCCUUCAGAGGGGUGGUGAAGAGCCUAGUGGCACGCAGUCUGAAGGAGGGGGCAGCAGCAGCAGCGGGGCUGGCUCCCCUGGACCCCCAGGGAUCCUCAGGCCUGUGCAGCCCUUACAGCUCGCUGAGACGCCUCGGAGAAAUUCUUCCUCCUCUUCCUCCCCCUCCGAGCGCCCGCGGCAGAAACUCUCCAGGAAGGCAGCUUCUUCUGCCAAUCUGUUUCUGAGGUCAGGCAGCACGGAGAGCCGUGGGGGCAAAGAUCCCCUCCCCAGCCCUGGAGGUCCUGGGUCUCGGAGAAGCAAUUAUAAUUUGGAAGGCAUCUCAGUGAAGAUGUUCCUUCGCGGCCGCCCCAUUACCAUGUACAUCCCAUCUGGCAUCCGCAGCCUUGAGGAGCUGCCCAGCGGCCCACCCCCGGAGACCCUCAGCCUUGACUGGGUCUAUGGGUACCGGGGUCGCGACUCCCGCUCUAAUCUGUUUGUGCUGCGCUCUGGGGAGGUGGUCUACUUCAUCGCCUGUGUGGUGGUGCUGUACCGGCCCGGGGGAGGCCCAGGGGGUCCUGGAGGUGGCGGCCAGAGACAUUACCGGGGACACACGGACUGCGUUCGAUGCCUUGCUGUUCACCCCGAUGGGGUGCGGGUAGCCUCAGGACAGACGGCUGGAGUGGACAAGGAUGGAAAGCCCCUGCAGCCUGUGGUUCAUGUCUGGAACUCAGAGUCGCUGAAUAAGUUGCAGGAGAUUGGACUGGGGGCCUUCGAACGUGGUGUCGGGGCUCUGGCUUUUUCAGCAGCGGAUCAGGGUGCUUUCCUCUGUGUGGUGGAUGAUUCCAAUGAGCACAUGCUAUCUGUGUGGGACUGCAGCCGGGGAAUAAAGCUGGCAGAGAUCAAGAGUACAAAUGACUCAGUCCUGGCCGUUGGCUUCAGCCCUCGUGACAGCAGCUGCAUUGUUACCAGUGGGAAAUCUCAUGUCCACUUCUGGAACUGGAAUGGUGGAGCAGGGGCUCCUGGGAAUGGGACCCUUUCCAGGAAGCAGGGUGUCUUUGGGAAAUACAAGAAACCCAAGUUUAUCCCUUGCUUUGUGUUCCUCCCGGAUGGAGACAUUCUCACAGGGGACUCUGAGGGGAACAUUCUUACCUGGGGGCGGAGCAUCUGUGAUUCUAAGACUCCAGGCAGAGGUGGUGCUAAAGAGACCUAUGGGAUUGUGGCCCAGGCUCAUGCUCAUGAAGGUUCCAUCUUCGCCCUGUGUCUGCGAAGGGACGGGACGGUGUUGAGUGGUGGUGGGCGGGACCGUCGGCUGGUGCAAUGGGGACCUGGGUUGGUAGCCCUCCAGGAGGCUGAGAUUCCAGAACACUUUGGGGCCGUGAGGGCCAUUGCUGAAGGGCCUGGCUCCGAGCUUCUGGUGGGAACCACGAAGAACGCGUUGCUGAGGGGAGAUCUGGCUCAGGGCUUCUCCCCUGUCAUCCAGGGCCACACGGAUGAGCUCUGGGGGCUCUGCACACACCCUUUCCAGAACCGCUUCCUCACCUGUGGCCAUGACCGGCAGCUCUGCCUAUGGGAUGGGGAGGGCCACGCGCUGGCCUGGAGCAUUGAUCUCAAGGAGAUAGGCUUCUGUGCUGACUUCCAUCCGAGCGGGGCAGUCAUGGCCGUAGGACUGAGCACAGGAAGGUGGUUGGUUUUGGACACGGAGACCAGAGAGAUCGUGUCUGAUGUCACCGAUGGCAAUGAACAGCUCUCAGUUGUCCGGUACAGCCCAGAUGGGUUGUACCUGGCCAUCGGUUCCCAUGAUAACAUGAUCUACAUCUAUAGUGUUUCCAGUGAUGGUGCCAAGUCGAGCCGCUUUGGCCGCUGUGUGGGUCACUCCAGCUUCAUCACUCACCUUGACUGGUCCAAGGAUGGGAACUUCAUCAUGUCCAAUUCUGGCGACUAUGAGAUUCUUUAUUGGGACGUGGCUGGAGGCUGCAAGCUGCUAAGGAAUCGCUAUGAGAGCCGAGAUCGGGAAUGGGCUACUUACACCUGUGUGCUGGGUUUCCACGUCUAUGGCGUGUGGCCCGAUGGCUCCGACGGGACGGACAUCAACUCCCUGUGCCGCUCUCACAAUGAGCGAGUGGUGGCCGUGGCCGACGACUUCUGCAAAGUCCACCUCUUUCAGUACCCGUGCGCGCGCGCCAAGGCACCGAGUCGCAUGUACGGGGGCCACGGCAGCCACGUGACCAGCGUCCGGUUUACGCACGACGAUCUGUUCCUCAUCUCCCUGGGUGGCAAGGACGCCAGCAUCUUCCAGUGGCGCGUGCUGGGCGCUGGGGGUGCGGGGCCGGCGCCCGCCACGCCCUCCCGGACCCCGUCCCUGUCUCCCGCCUCCUCCCUGGACGUCUGAUGGGCCGUGGACGGGACGUGGACCGGCCCUGCUGCGUGACUCCGCCCCGCCCGAGCCCCCCAGGUGGAGGGACGACCUUGCCCUGGCUGACUCCUCUCUAGACUUCCAGACAUUCCCGACCGUGCCUUUGCCUGGAGGGGACGAACGGCACCCUUUGCACACACUGUACAGACCCGCUGUGGCCGAGCCGGGCAGCCCCAGCCCGGGCCUUCACUCGCGCUGCCUGCUGAGGGGCAAUAAAUAGAAAAACAAACUCG